CGGGAGCUGCAAAACCCUGGGUGCACCCACCCCUUCCUCGCCCUUCCCAGGGCCCCAGCUGCUGGGCGUUCCUUCUCACUGCUCAGCUGAUCCUUUCUCCCUCGGUCUCCUACCCCCAGUGUGGAGUGGGGUUCCCAAUGUGUGACAUGCAGAGUACCCUAGCUUCCUCCCUUUGGCUCGGCUGUGCACCUGUGGCAUGUGGGGAGCCUCUGCACUGCUGAAUGUGCCAGUGGGGUUCCCAGCCCCCACACUCAGGGUACUGAGGAACAGCUAAACUCCCCAGAAGCCCCACGCUGCACCGUGCCCCUGUGGAAGCAUGCAGAACACCACCUGCCAGUGGUAUGGGGCUGUCUACCAAAGCAAACCCCUGCAAUCAAAGAGGAAGCCAGUGAUGUUCCUGGAGAACUGAUGUUAAUAGUCCCCUGGGGCUGAGUCCUUCAAACAGGCAGGUAGCCACGUUCUGUGAGAGCUCUAGGUUCCUGACUAGGACAAACACAGCGCAAGGGGCUGUUCGCGCAGUGAGGCGAGCAGCCCAGCUGAGCGUGAGGGGCGGGGGUGAGGAAACCAAGGCUGGAGCUGUUCCUGAGAGCCGGGCAGCCCUGGCACAGCCCGGCUGGUUGGUGUGUUCAGAUUUAGAGCAGACUGCGCCUUGAGAGGCCAAACUUUGAAUCGAGUGCAGUUUUGUGCAGUCCCACGGCAGCCUGGCCCGUUUGCCUUCAGAGAGCAGGAUGUGGCCAGGGGUGCAGGCAACAGCGAGCUCGUUGUGUUCAAAUGCUGCAGAGUAAAGCUCAGCAGAAGCACUGGAGAGUAGAGCAGGACCAGAUACCCCACCUGGCCCCUUUCCCUGGCACAGCACAGGCUGGAGGUGCGUUUCCAGGAACUGAUCAGUGGAGAUUUUUGUUUAUGCACAAUUUGCAUUCUUUGCCUGCCUAGCGCUCCAGGAAGGGCAGGGGGACUGUAUCUCACGCCCUCAGCGGAGCACUGCAGGGAGUAGUGGUUUCCUCUUCCCUCAUGACUGAGCUCUCUGCUGCUCUGGUGUCACCCAGCUCCGGGACCCUGCUCCGCGGAGCCAAGGAACUGAGGGCUUGAAGACAUGCAGCUGGUCGGGACGCACUGAGCACUAUGCUCCAGCACAACUGCCUGGAGUUGGUACCUUUGGUCCUGUGCAACCACGUCAAUGGAGAGGGAGCUGUUAACACCCUACAUUUCUGUUGAACAGAGAAAACACUUUGAAUGGUUUAUGAGAAGAAAGCAAGAUGGACGAAAGUCAGCCCCGCACCGAGACUCCCACGGCUCACAAGAGGAUCUCUCUGCUUUCCUCUCCCAUGAGGGCAGUCAUCCGUCUGCGACGAAAAGUCCAGUUCCUGAAGAAAAGCCGCCUGCAUCUGAACCUUCCCAGAGAACAAUCUCCAGAGCUGGUCCAAACUAGGCUUCUUCAAAGGCAGAUUUCCUUGCGCCGAACAAACCUGUAUAACCCUUCGAUGUCCCUCUUUAAUCAAGCCACUUUUGACAAUUCUCAGUACUUCACCUUUGACACUUCUGUGGACCAGUCAAUGGUGAAUAAAUACAAACGGAGGAAGACCCGCAGGAAGUCCAGGAUGGUGUUGUAUCCAGAAAGCUCCAAAAAGUACCUUCCAACAGAGCAAAAGAGUAAAGCAAAGCGCUGCCUUCUCUUGCUCAUUGGCAUCAUCUGCUUCCAAAUACUAAAUGCUAUUGAGAAUUUGGAUGACAACCUUCAGAAGUAUGACCUAGAUGGGCUGGAGAAAACCAUGCACCGGGAAGUAUUUGGGCAGAAGGUGGCUGUGGACAGAAUUAUGGAAUUGUUGAAAGACUACCUGGCCACCCACAUACACAACAAGCCAUUAGUGAUCUCCUUCAAUGGCCCACCUGGGGUUGGAAAGAGCCAUGUUGGAUGGCUGCUGGCUAAACACUUCCGUUCAGUCAUGGACAAUGACUUUGUGCUUCAGUACUUUGUGAUGCACCACUGUCCAAACAAGGAGGCUACUCCUGCUUGCCAAUCGGAUUUGUCUGAAAAGAUUUCUGAGAUGGUCACCAGAGCAGAGAUAGAAGAGAAGAUACCAUUGUUUAUUCUGGAUGAGGUCGAGCUCAUGUCUCCAGUCCUGUUGGAUACGCUUAGCAGAUUCUUCCAACCAAACCAGACCAACGAGUUCCUCAAUGCCAUCUACAUUCUAAUAAGCAACGUAGGGGGCAGUGAAAUCACGACGUUUGCCCUCCAGAAUGUUUCCAGUGACCUUCUGCACCAGCAAAGAAAAACAGAAGAACUGCUGUACAUUAUCCAGCCUAUUCUGACCCACUUCCACCCUCUUUGGAAGUCUGCUGUCAUCAUCCCAUUUGGUCUGCUGGAAAAGAGUCAUGUCAUAAACUGCAUCUUGGAGGAGAUGAUGCGGGAAGGACUGUAUCCCGAUCAGAGCCAUAUUGAGAAUUUAGCUAGCCAGCUCAGCUAUUACACUACAGGAGGCAGGGAGUAUGCCAUAACUGGCUGCAAGCAGGUCGGAGCCAAAGUCAAUCUGCUGUAGCAGUAACCAUAAAUAAGAGGCCAAAUCCUGUUCUCGGCACUUUGCAUUCAGUGGAGAUAGCCUGGCUCUACGCUGGCAUGACUGACAGCAGAUUUUGGCCCAACAUGCAUUUCUUCAAGGGGACAGAUAUAAAGCUGUCUCAGUGACCAUGUUAUAAGAGGGUUUUAGGAGGCAAGACAGCAGCUGUCACCUCUUCUAAUAUGAGCUCUGUUCUCCUUUUGAUUUAUCAGACUUGAGUCACUGAACUCCCACUGUCCUGCAAAUAAUCCCUUGUUGACUAAGGCCAGGAGCUCUCCCUGAGGAUAUGUCUGCAAAGCAAUUUAAGGCCAGGUCUGAGUCUGGGCACAAGCCAAACCCUCUUGUGUCUACACUGUAAAUGUGCCAGCCUAGGGCUCCAGAUCCAAGGUCCUAGGACCCUGCAGGGCUGGAGGAUUCGAGCCCUAGUGCUUUCCUGUGUGUACACGGCCCCAACCUGAUUUGGGUCCAGAAGUCCUCUGGAUGUAUCCCAGAGUUCCCUGCGGCAGCAUCAUUACUGCCUGGCAGAGCGCGCUCCCUGUUCCUGCUCCUCUCACAGUGGCUGCUCCUGCUCUGGCUCCUCCUCGCUGCUGCGCGGAGUUUGCCUGGAGCAGGGAGCAGAGCUGACAGGUGGGAGGUGGCUCCUGGAGGUCAUCCCUCUGCCGACUGUGCUGAGCCAAAAGCUCUGCCGCUCGCCCUCUGUGCAGCUUGGUCCUGCUCUGCUCUCUGUGCCUUGCUCCUGCCCCCCCUCCCCCGGGCCUGUGCGUACAGGGGCACCUCGGCAGUGUGCACUGUCAGGGUGGUGAGUAGGCGCCAGCCCCCAAACUUCCCCACAGCCUCCUGGGGAUCCCUUAUCCCUGCCUCCUGGGGUGCAGCAGGAGCCAGGAUAAGGGGAUUGCUGGGAGGUGCUGGAGCAUGCUUCACCCCAAGCCCUGGCCAUGCACUUUACCGUUCUGCAGCCAGCAGCAGCCGGGCGGGGUGGGGGUGGGGGUGGGGGUGUGUUUUUCCUCUGAUACCUUCAUUUUAGGUUGAACUUCUGGGCACCGCAGUGUGGAUGCAAGAGCCCUAAGUUUGAGCACGGGUCAGAAAACCCUUAACCUAGGGUUAAAAGGCAAUGUAGACACUCAAGUCCAGGGUUCCCUGACACAGGUCAGCUGACUCAAGGCCCACUAACCCGAGGCUUACAUUGCUGUGUAGACAGCCUCCAGUCGUAUUGCGACCCCUUUUGUGUCCCUCAUACACAAGUACCUAGCAGUUUAUUCAUUGGUGAUGUGUCAGCAAGUCUAGGAGAUGAGACUAAAUCCCCCAGUAUAUGUACACGGCAGAAGUGAUUUAAUGUGGCGGAGAUGGGGAGACAUUUGGGGUCACAGACUCAUCAGCAUGCUUAGCUGGGUCUUACUUGAUCUUCACACUCGGAAUCUGCAAUCUCUGCCUUUCCAGGGUCUGGCUGGACCUGCGAUGAAGGGUAACUGGCUUAAGAUCAGUCUAGCCAAGCUGGAGAUGAUGCUGGCAGGUAAGGGAAACAUUUGGAAUAGCGAGUGCAGACUGUGACUGUUACCCACUGACCCUUGGUGUCAGAAUGAUGCAUUCUUGGGCUCUUCUUCUCCACGGCUGCUCUUGGAUUCCUGGGCAACAGCAGUCUCCUGGAAUACGUUCUACCAUCUUUGGUUGCCUUAGAAGUUGUACCCCUUAAUACCUGAGGCAGACUGUGCCUUUGUCACUUCCAGGACAGAUUCCUGCAAUGCACUUUUCUUGGGACUAUCCUUGAAGACUACUCAGAAGCAUUGGCUAGGGAAGAAUACAGCUGCCUGCUUGUUAAGGUUUUCCUCAUGUGGCCUUUGGUAUAAACGCUGCUGCUUGUUUGUUUCUGAGUACGAUUCACAGCACUGAUUAUCUAGAGAGCCCUUACAUGGGAAUUCACAGAUGCAAGGUAAUGUGCAUUUUGAACUGUUCGUGCACAUUGCUGGGUUCAAAAACGACACCAGAACAGGCGCUGGGCAUCUUGGGAACAGCUCUGUGAAACCCGUACUCACUGGGCAGCAGCCAUCAAAAACAAAAAUAUUAAGUUGCAGGAGGAACAGGAAACAGCACUGAAAAAUAUGAUAAUGCCAUUGUUAUGGAGCGACAGUCACCUCUCUGCUGUUAAAGGUUGCAACCAGCUUCCAUUAUAAAGCCCUGUUCUAGCCCUGCUGUAACCUUAGCUUGGAAAUCUGGUACAUGCAAAGUUUCAACGAAAUGUAUGCAAUUGCCUUGGCGUUCCAGGUCUUUAUAAUAUUCCCCCAAUUAGAAAUACUGUCUGUUGUCUAAGCUUUCUGUGUCUCCGUCUAGCUCAAAAUCAGUUUGUUGUCUUCUCACUUCCUGUACAGUUAACUCUCCUUGAACAUUCAUGUGCAGGGGAAGAAUUGAUGAAAAUAGCAUGUAAUUAAGCAAAGGUGUUGGUGAUUUUUUUAUAGGCCAAUCCUGUUUGUAUUGAUUUCAUUGGAAUUAUGUGAAUAAUGGAUUUUUUUUUGUGGACAUUCUGAAAUAUGUAUCAAAAUAUG